UCUGAUUUCUACAUCUAUCGUCGAUAGUACGAUCAGCUGUACCACUCGUCAACCUGAAUGUUUUAGUUGUUCCAUUAUUGAGAAAAACCUGCGAGAUUAUUUCAGAGCAAUGUUUUCGCUGUGUUCUAAUAUUCUCAUCCUCUUAUUAAUUUACUAUUUCUCUUAUUUUGUUUUUAUUAAUCUUUCUCAAAAUCAAUUAAUUUUGUAUGUCUUCCAAAACUGUUUCAACAUAGUCGUCAAGCUGAGCACUUGAACAUUCAUAAAAUUGCUAAGUAUUAUCCGAGCAAAAUCUUCAUCGUCAAAAGAUGUGAAAUUUGUACGAGUACAGAUAACUUUGUAUACAUCAUGCUUUUGCUCAUCGUGCACAUUCAGCCCUUAUUGUAGCGGUUUUACGGGCAUUAGCCCAGACCUCUAUGUUUCUGCGCGUUCUAUUAUAUCCUUGAAUAUCGUACUUAACGUCGGAACGACCUGUAAUGCUGUAUAAUUUCGUAAUGCGCGUAAUAUAAUGCGCCCGCGAGUUUAUUAUUAUCAAAUUCAUAAAUUCCGUGCGUUCGUAGUUACCAAUUUCAUGUUGCGCGGAACAACGAAUCAUAUUAAACAUAAAUUAUUUGAAGCAGGCUUAUUCGAUAUAAUAAUAAACAAUGUUCACGCGCGUUUCUUUGAAGCUGUCCUUCCUCUGAAAUAUUGAAUAUAUUGAAGUGUUUCUUUCCUCACAUCGACAACGAGACUUCAUCUACAAUAAAUUUACAAAUAAUUAAAAGAUAACGACAACAAUUAAAUGUGCGAAAGUACAUAACGCUCGAAAAAACGAAACGAAAGAAGCGCAAGAAUGUAUCUCUAAUCCAUCUUUGCUGACAAUGAGGAAAAUUCGAUUUCAAGUUGAUCAAUCUCUGAAAGGAGUAGAUGCGCGACUUGUGUGCGUUGUAGUACUUUCUGUACUUGCAAACUCGAGACGCAAGGGUACCUCGGCGGUAUCGGCUCCGCGCUCACGUAAGGUACGGGCCGAGUUCUUCAUUAUCGUCAGGGGCCGAAAUUGCGUGGGCGUACCCAUACCUUCGUGCACACACGUUACCUUGACGUACUACGGCCGGACAUACGCGCGUGUGCGCACGAGCGCGUAAUGUUACUACGUGGUGCGGAUACGUGCUUACACACCUUCGCGUAUACCUGUGCGAGCGGAUCGAGCGGAGAGCGGCAUCCCCGAGCGACGACGGAAACGGCCGAGCCGGUCGCGGAGCCGGUUGUGUCGCGCUGCCUUGGCCAGAUGCACGACCGCGGAGUCAGUAUCGCGUCAGUCCCGAAGUGGAAUUGGUCAGUGAUCUGUGUCAGAGCAGGGCCAGUCCGCGUCCAUCAUUCUCCUUUCCUUUCUCCCAUCUCCCUCGGGUUUUAAUUGUGUGACCACCGCCUCUUUUCUAAUCUCUUCACCCUCGCCCUGGCUACGUCGCCCCGACGACGCGCACGCAUCGUCGUCUCCGUCAUCCCGUCGCGCGAUCCGCACGAGAUCGUUACUCGCGAGAUGCACAUAUACACGGUAAUGCAACACAGUGCCACAGUGUAGAGUUGUUAGUGGAGAUAGCAGAAAUUAGUUUAUAAAACAGCCGUGCCUCCCACGUUGUCCACCAUCACGAACAACCGCCAACACCGACACCGGAUAGUUUAGCGUUUUUCUAGCUGAAGAAAUUCGGAGUAAGUCACGCGGAGGGACAGAGGGAGAGAGAGAAAAAGGAAGAGCGGCAACAUUAUCGAGCCGAGCCACCGGUGCCCAAAGUCAACAAAUGGAGCAUAGAGGCGCGCCGCGCGGGCAGCAGGAGCAGCAGUAGCGUUCAGCUAUCGUCGGGGGCCUGAUCGUCGGGCCCUGUCUCACGGAGGCCCGAUCUCGCGCGGGGGGACGCGGGGUCGCGGAGGUGCCGCAGCGGCCUCAGCCAACGCGAUGGCCGCAACCGACGGUCAGAUCGUCGUUGCGGCGGCACGCUGGGCCGAGGAGGCGACGUACCUGCGCGAGUUCGUCUCCAAGUACCGUCUGCCGGCCGUGAUCAAGAUCACGAAGGGCCAGUAUGGCGGGCUGGGCGUGCCGACGCUACCGGCGCCCAGCUUGCAGAGCACCGCGCUGCUGAUAUCGGCCGGCCGUCGGCGUAAGAUCGUGGCGCAGGCGGUGAAGAUCAAGGAGGGCCGCCGGGUAGUCGGCGUGGGGCCCAGACUGGCGAUACCGGACUCGUACGCGGGCUACUUCGAGAUCCUGAGCGAGGAAGGCCGAGCGGUGCGUGGUAUCGAGUCGGUGAACGAGCUGUCGCGACGAUGCCCGGAGGAGGGUGCUCUGGUGCGCGAGACCGUGCGCGCCAUCGCUUGCCGGGUGGACGACGAGUCCGGGAUCGUGGUACCGGAGGGCACGCGAACCCUCGCGGCCGGCGAGACGAUCGUCACCGCUGGCGAAGUGGCGCUACCCGGACGCGGCCGGUUCCUGCGCUGCGUGGACUGCCGCGGCGACAACGUUCUACUCGGGAUGGAUCAGCGCGGUCGCUUCAGCGCGCUCGCGCGCGAGGACAACAUCAGCGGCGUGCACACCGCCAGGGCGCUCCUCAGCAAACGUCUGCCACUCACGGUGAGACUGGUGCACGGCCAGCCGCCGCGGGGGCUCAAGUCGUCGUCUCAGUUCGUGCCCGAGUUGAGGCUGCUGUCGACCUUUGAAGAGGAGCACGUGUUCGCGUUGCCGUUACAGAGAGAAGGGGCGGCGGUCGCGUUGCCGCUCGCGGCACCGCUCAAACUGGUGAAGGCGCGAAACGAGGAAGCGCUCAGGUCGAUGCAGGAGUUCACGAGGCUGGUGGAGCGCGCUUCCCGCCUGGUCGCUGACGUGGCUGACCGAGCGCACGUGUUGGACGGUCGUCUGGGCGAGAGCAAGCCCUCUAGGCAGACGAGGAGCGCGUCGGGUUUCCUCAGGAGACCGUCCACGAACUCGGAUCACGGGCCGCUGGGCCACCACAGAAACAGCAGCGCCGGCCACCAUCAUCAUCAUCAUCAUUAUCACAGCAGCAACGGGCAUCAGACGGCCUCCGGUCACUCAGGUUAUCGGGACGAGAACAGGGUACCGCCGUCGGCCUGCACGGAGGAAUACGACGAGAUCGACCAGAUAUAUGAUUAUGUGCGCGGAUUCGCACCGUUGCCGAAGAGCGUCAGGGCACCUUACGAGAGUCCCCUCGCCACGGGCCAGGGUGGUUCGACCCCGCCGUUGACGCCGGUCACGGUGACGAUCGCGCCGCUGCUGGACGACCGACCGGAACCACCUCCGAUCGAGACGAUACCGACGAAGAAGAUCCAGGCGGAGAAGCGAACCAGGCGCGCAGUCAAGGAAGCGCCGCAGCCGCGGGUGGAGAAGCCGCCGCUGGCGAAGCUCUACGUGAAGAACAGCGGUACUCAGCGCGGCCGUCCGCUAAUGAGGCAGAAGAGCGCGUCGCCGUUGAAGGAAACGCCGCCGGGUUACAAGGGCGGAUCGCCGCUUUUCAACAUACGCUACAAGAGCCUGACGAAUCUCCAACAGGCGAUGGAGCUCGACGGCACGUUGGAUUCCAGUCACUCGGGCGGAAGGACGUCGGGGGACUCCGGCGCGGGCGCCAAGUUGCCAGAGAAGAGAUCGAGACGUUUAAGCAGGCCACGGUCGCUGACGAAUUUAGUUUGGGAGCUACGAGGCGGAAGCGGCCUCGGUUGCACGAGACCGGAAACUCCACCUCCUGCCACGACUGCACCGCUGCCGCCAACUAAAUGUGGACCACGUUUGGCUGUCACUGUCGUGGCACCGCGACGGGUCGGCACGCUCUACCUCUAACUCAUUCGACCGACCGAAGGGCUGAAGAAGGCAAAGAGCGGUUCGGAUGAAGAGCCGUGGAUCUCCGACAUCAUUCGAUUAAUCAAAAUUCGCAACAGGAGCUCAAGGAAGAUGGACAGAAGAAGGACGGGGAUAUUUCCGCCAGCGACUCCGCCAUUCUUUCAGCGUUGAUUCAAUCGCGAAAGCCAUUCAAACUCGUCAUCCGACACACACGCAAUCGCAUGUACAUCCAUGCUCUACAUAUACACACGUGCACACAUACAUACAUACACAACACGCAUAGAGGACCCGAAGCCUGAUCAACGCCGCGUACUUCCUGUGAUCGUCGAUUAACGAUAAGCGGAAUAAUCAAAAAUAGCGACGCAGCGGAAGAGAAUACGUUCAGGUCACGUGCGAACAGAGACGCGAGUUACGAUGAUACUCUCGUAAAUGAAAGGCGAAGCCGUGUUCUAAAAUGAAUUGUAGCGGAUACGCAAUAGAUACGCGACGUAGCAGAAGAGUAGAAGCCAGUUAUACAAUGAAGUGUUCUGUGGUAACGACGUUUGAUUUAUUGUGCAUAUAACGCGCAUAAACAAUCCGGAAGUACAUAAAAUAUGAAUAGUUUUGUUAUCUGAAAAUUUAUUUUUAUCAUCUGAAAACGUAUUACUUUGGUAUUAUUUUAUGUGUCUCUCGUCUUCGUUUAUGGAGAAAGGAAGGAUCUUUAUCUCUUAAUAACGAAAAAGUUCCGAUAAUAUAAUCUGUUUCAUCAGAAUGUUUCAUAUAAUUUUUUUAUCAAAUUUAUUUGUUACGAUAAGCCGGAUAAGAAAAAUAUAUUUAAAUGUAAUUAAUUUUUUUAUCGACGAAUGAAUCAUAAUUCUGAUGGUGUUGUUAGUAAAAUUCUCAUGUCUAAUGCAUAUCCGGCAUGCGAUGAUGGUACAGAAGCCUUAAUUUAUCAUCGGGUGUAUUUCCUUUUUAGUCGAUUGAGGAUGGGAAUCGGAGAGUGACGAGAAAGAAGGUCGAUUCUACACACUAUAGUCGCGUAUUUUCUCAAGAGCUACACGAUUUGCGUACGCAUAAAUCACGACAUCGCCUCGUAAACGAGUAGUAGAUUUCUUCUUUUUUUAUUUUCUACGAAGAGGCGCGCUGUCAACGGACCUCCAGAGAGCCUCUGGCUGGCCGCGUAGUUAAGGAUAUGAAUGCCAUAAUAAUGACCAAGUUUUGUGGUUGUACUUAAGUCAUACUUUAUACUCUAUUUUACUGCUAGGAUGAUUAAGCGUAAGUUACUUUAUAUACAAUUAUCAAAGUGUCUUUAUCAUAGUUAUCACUACGUUUUUACUUUCGAUUUGUCGUCGAGCUGGACGGCGACGAAUAUCGCGCCGAUCGAUAAUUGGCGCAAGCUAUGAGGACCUUGCAAUAUUGCCUACCUGCACUUGUGAUCGUAUAUCUAACUCGGAUUUAAGAGGAUUUAAGCUGAACGCUCAUAAUCCAUACUAUACCAGUACUCGAAUGCUACGAUUUCCACGGGAUAAAUUUGACAGAAAAGUACAUCUUUUUUUAUUAACAACGUCCGCCACUGUGAUCAUAAUUUUUUGGAUGAUGCACAAGGCAAAAUUAAUAAAUCAAAAUAAAACGUCUUUUUUUGCUCAUUGAGUGUAAGAGCCAAGAAAGAUACAAAGAAGAAAUAAAAAUUCGAAUUUUUCUACAAUUGACUGAAGAUAAGUAAUAAGAUAGUCUGGAAAAAUAUUUGCAAUUUGAGCGCUCAGUUGUUUUUUAGUUUCACAGUACAUCACAUUAUUGUCUCAAUUCCCGAGCAUUGGCACUGCGCUAAUUUUGACAAAAUCGUCGCACGUAGAAUCAUGUAUUGCAUUUAUUUACAUCCCAACGUGUCAGACAAGCCAUCGACGAAGCAUCGCGAGAAUCGCGAUCACGUGGCCGAUAACGAAAUAGACUCUCUCAUCGAAAGUCAGGUGCGAGACCGCCUUUCGUUUGACAGUCCUGACCAAAGGACGCGUUUGGACCUUGGUCUCAUUUUUGUGAUUAUUAUUUAAAUACACGUUAAGCACAAACAAUAGACUAAGUUAGGCUUGUUGUAAUUGAGUACGAAAAUAGCCGUUGUACCGAAUGACUCUAUAAGAGAUCUUAUAUCGUUUUUUGAUAUCGGUAAAAGCGCUACAAUUGCAUUCGGGAUAUUUUAAUUAUGCACAUCUACGAUGUACGAAUCGCUUAUCUGAGAGAACUGAGUAAGUAAUUCUUCAUUGUAAUUGUCCUUACGUAACGAUGUACGUUCGUAAAGAAAAUCGAAAACAAGUGGCCUUCCCGCGAAGAGAGAACUUUGAUACAAGCUAAACGAGAAGAGAGAACGUUCAAUAAUCAGAACACGUUCGUUGCAAUCGAACUAGCGCUAUAUUUUACGAGUGUACAAUAAGUUUCUAGAUUUACACUACGAAGUAUAGAUUCUAUUAUCAUGAACAUUAUAUCGCGCAAUAUGAAUUUGUAUGGAAGGCACUCGGUCCCCUUUACGACAGAACUCUAUGUGUUAUAGGCGUGUGCCGAAGCGAAUACGCUUAUUUCGUAUGUUGACGUUCUCGGAGAGUGUAAUUUUGCCAUGACGACGAGCGUCGAAUUGAAAAGAAGUUGCCUCCGGAUCGAGGAGCUCCAUGUUCUCCUAGUUCUUUGGGGCCUUAAAUAAUCACGAGAUAGAUCUCUACGUGAGCGAUCGCCCUCGAAAGAUCUGGCCGUUUUUCUUCUGUCGCUCAGCUUCUCACACUUGCAGAAAGCGCGAUUAAAACGAACAGAUCUGUGGAGUGACCGCGCGAUUGGCUCAUCGGUAUCACCGUAACAUCGUCAGCCACGUUCUCGCGGCGAAAUACUCAGCGCGUAAGGGUCGAGGAUCGUUGUGCCUUCGUGUAUGCACGUUAAAAUACGUUUAAUGAUUGUAAGACGGGCAGACAUCCACACUUUGUGAUUCCAUAAGCAGUUGUUCAGUUUUUAUACUUUCUUUAAUGCUUACUUAGGAUAGCUUGUGUACUCUAAAGAGUGUUUCAAUAAAAAUCACAGUGAAAUAAAAA